ACAUACAUUGACAUUUUUAUAUCGACGCACGAAUUAAGCGGUAAAUUUGUAAAGCUGCAGUGUAAAAACGAGAAAUUCCGCGUGUUAUUUAAAUAUAAAAUUUAAUUAAUUAAGAAAACUAGGAAGACCAAGAAGUACCUUCGAAAAAAGGCUUCAUUUUAACAUCGCCGAAGAGAAAAUCGUGUGAGCGUUCGUGUGUUGGAGAAAAUAGAACAAAAGCGAAAGACGAGGAGUCUUACUGUUUUAGAUUAGAGUGGGAAAAUAUCGUCAGAAAAAUUAUGUCUGGAAUAGCAAUUACACGUUUAGGGGAAGAACGCAAAGCUUGGCGUAAGGAUCAUCCAUUCGGCUUUGUCGCUCGUCCAGCCAAAAACCCAGAUGGUACUUUGAAUCUUAUGAUUUGGGAAUGUGCUAUUCCCGGAAAGAAGGGAACCGCUUGGGAAGGUGGCCUAUAUAAGUUGCGUAUGAUUUUCAAAGAUGAUUAUCCCACAUCGCCACCAAAGUGUAAAUUCGAACCGCCGCUAUUUCACCCCAAUGUGUAUCCGUCUGGCACGGUUUGUUUGUCAUUGUUAGAUGAAGAGAAAGAUUGGCGUCCUGCCAUUACUAUCAAACAAAUAUUGCUCGGCAUUCAAGAUCUGCUUAAUGAACCGAACAUCAAGGAUCCAGCGCAAGCAGAAGCAUACACAAUCUAUUGUCAAAAUCGUUUGGAAUACGAGAAACGUGUGCGUGCACAGGCACGUGCUAUGGCUGCCACUGAAUAGGAGGACGUAUAAAAAGGCAUUUCGCACACACAAAUACAUAUAUUAUUAGUUAGAAGACGAGAAAUGAGAACAGAAUAAAGGAGCGUAGCUUGAGAGCUGGAUCUUAAGGGUGCGUGCUUAAACUGCGUUUAGAUGUAAACAGUGAUUUCAAAGCAUUUUUUGUAAAUGCUCGAAUUAUAGUGUUGCCCGUAACUGAGGGGGCAAUCUAAAUUAAAUUAUUACUGUACUUGUCUAUAUAUGAUCCUACUUUUAAUUGAAAUAAAUCUACUGUAUUUACAUAUGUAUUAAAAACGAGAAGAAAAAUAAUAAAUAACAAAGAUAUGUAAAGAAGUGGA